AUGAACAUAUAUGAAGGUAGAAGAAUGGGGAGCGUCUCCUCAGUGGAGAGCAAUAGCAGAUCUUCCUUUUUCAGCCAAUACGACUUUAACAACUUACCAACAUUUGCAUCAUCUCAAACAAAUUCAACUGGUUCAAAAAAUAGCAAUGUGCAUCAUAAUACUUCUUUCACAACCAGAAACACUCCGUCUUCCAAGGUUGAAUUGCCAUUUUUACCAAAUAGAGAUGUUCCUAGUUAUGUACUUGAUGAAGCUAGGUUCCCUGAUCCUACACUGAAUAGAAUUUUUUCAAACAAGGCUACCAAUCCCAUGUUUGGAAAAAGAGUAUGGUCUACUAACUCAGAGAGAAGUAGUCACGGUGACAGAGAAGAUCUGUAUAAUUCAGGCUUGUCUUCCAGCAAUGAACUCAUGGAAUUAAUUCAAAACUUCGGCUCUCUGAUAUACCUGCUUAUCUGUAAAGGUGGAAUAUGGGGGUUAUGGUUUCUGAAUGCGCUGUCCAAAAUGUUGUUGAAGAAAGUGAGAACUAUACCAGAACCAGACAAUAGCGAAAGAGACGAAAACUAUGAAACUGUCAUCAGUGCUGAAAGUACACCAAUAAAGAAAGAUGGGGAGGACAAGAACAUUGAGACACCACUAUUUUACCAAAAGUUGAGGUCACUAAACGUGUAUGAUAGACUAAGAGAAGAACAAGCGCAACCUUUGCACAAAGCUGAAAAGGUUAAUUAUAAGAAACCGAAACAACAGUAUGGAACUCAAUUCUUCAAAAAUCCUUCUUCACGGAUGAAUUUAGAGACCGAGUAUCUGAGGACAGCAUUAAAACCGCUGAAUUUACCAAGUGAAGAUGUCUACUCAAAAUCACAAAAGAUAAAGGAGAACCUUUGUGCCAUUUAUUCUGAAGUUAGACAAAAUCCUGCUAAUCCAACAUUCACUCGUUCCACUACAAGAUUCAGAGAUCUAGAAUGGCUAGUUGAUGAUAAUGAGGAUUAUUUGAACAAUUUAGAGCGGACACGAAGAUUCAAAGAAUAUCAAAACAUUCUAGCCGAAAGGAAGAAAAUGCAACAGAUAAUCCAUUUAUCGAAGCUCAAGGAAACUGGCUUCGGGGUUCGCAAACUAACAGGCGACCAAGUUGCAGAAAUUGAAAAAAUAUGGGAGAUUCAACCUAAGGACACAAUUAUCGACAAGUUUCGUAUCAAGAUUACAUCCAGAGAUUUACUUACAUUAUGCGAUCGACAUUGGCUGAACGACAACAUUAUUGAUUUUUACUUACAGCUUGUCAAGGAAGAUGUUAAUUCCAGGAAACUGAAUCAAAUUCACAUUUUUAGCACAUAUUUCUAUACUACAUUGAAAGAAAAGGGCUACAUUGGUGUUAAAAAAUGGGGGAAACGUGCUAAAGUGGAUGUUUCUGAACUUGAUAUGGUUUUUGUUCCCGUUAACCUACAUCAGACACACUGGGCAUUGGCUGUUAUUGAUAAUAAGAACGAAAGAUUUUUUUAUGUGGAUUCUUUAUUUGGUGAUGGCACUGAUAUAUUGUAUUUACUAAUGGAUUACAUGACAGAGGAAACAAAGAAAAACCAUGGUUCCUUAAAUAGAAGAAAUUACUCUAAUUACAGUGUGAUUGGGAAGUAUGAAUGCCCGACUCAACAGAAUGGUUAUGAUUGCGGUGUUUUCACAUGUACUGCUGCUGAUUACUUGUCUAGAAAUAGAGAAUUGGAUUAUAGUCAAGCUGAUAUGCCAGAUCUUAGAAGAAGGAUGGGAUGGGAAAUUCUCAAAGGGAAACUAAUCGAACAUUGA